AUGCUGGAUUACUUUGAGCUUCAUUCCUUUCUUUCAUUCCGGCAUGAAUUACUUUUCAUUUCUUUCUCUUUCAUCUGCUCUUCUCUUGAAUCCUCCACGUCUUCUCUUUCUUUCUUCCAUUUCUCGUCUUCUAUUCUCUCUCUUCCUCCACGUCUUCUCUUUCUUUCUUCCAUUUCUCGUCUUCUGUUCUUUCUCUUCCUCCACGUCUUCUGUUCCUUCUUUCACUUCCUCCACGUCUUCUAUUCCUUAUUUCACUUCCUCCACGUUUUCUAUUCCUUCUCCACCCUUUUUCUUCAUCUUCAUUUUCCUUUUUAUAUUCUCUCGCGUCUUAUAUUCCUUUUCUCUCGUCCUCCUCAUCUUCACUUUAUUCAUUAUUCUCCUCCACGUAUUCUAGCCUUUCUUUCUCUUCCUUCUCGACUUCUAUUUUUUCUUUCUCUUCGUGUCUUCUAUUCCUUCAUCUUCGUUCUGUUCCUACACUUUUUUUAUUACUUCUGUCUCUUCCUCCACGUCUUCUUAUCGUUUCUCUUCGUCUUCACUUUCUUCUUUCUAACCCUACUCGCCUUCUAUUCCUUCUUUCUCGUCCUCCACGUCUCUUAUUCCUUUUCUCUCUUAUUCCUCGUCUUCAUUUUCCUCAUUAUAUUCUUCCUCGUCUUCUAUUCCUUCUCUUUCUUCCUCCAUGUCUCUUUUUCCUUCCCUCAAUUUCUCCUCGUUUUCACUCUCUUCAUUCUACUCUUACUCGUCUUCUAUUCUUCCUACCUCUUCCUCUCCGUCUUCACUUUCUUCAUUCGCAAUAUUGUUCUAUCAUUAUAUAUUCAUGCUUUUCCAGCGGUGAGAUCCUGA